AACAAGAAAACCACCAUCUUACCCUCCCACCACCGAUCAUGGCUUCCAAAAACCAAGUUCUCGUUCUCAUUCUCCUUCUCUCUCUCCUCACAAUGUCCUCCAUCUUCAAGCCCUCCCAUGCCGAUGAAUAUUGUCCCUCAAAUAUCCCUGGUGGCAAAAUCGCCAUCUACUGGGGACAAAACGAUGCAUCGAUUGAAGGCACCUUAACAGAAGCAUGUGAUUCUGAUCUCUACAACAUCGUCGCUCUAGCAUACCUCCACGUGUCAGGCAGCUCAAGAAGCAUAGUUUUCGGUAACCAUUGUUCUAACGAACAAUGCAAAGCCCUAGCAUCACAAAUUCAACACUGUCAAAGUAAAGGCAUCCAAGUCUUGCUUUCCGUCGAAGUAGACCAAAUCGAUGACCCCAAAUCCUUAGCAGAGUAUCUUUACAAUAACUUUCUUAGUGGCCAAGACGGCCCUCUCGGAGCAGUGACCUUAAAUGGCACCGAUCUUGCACAUCUUGAUUACAGCUCUGAGCCAUGGGCCGAACUUGUGGAGGCAAUCUAUGGUUAUUCCACCCAAAACAGUAAGAUUUACAUAUCUGCAGCUCCACUUUGCGAUUUUACUGGCUUCGACAGCGCACUCGCUACUGGUCAUGUAGAUUAUCUCCUUGUUUUAUACUAUGGCCAAUACGCCACAUGCUUACAUUUCGGAGACGGUGACUUCACAAAGCUUCUUGAUUCGUGGAAGGGAUGGACGAGUAAGGAAGGUGUAGCUGAUCAUACUUCUGUGUUCUUGGGCUUAGUAUCGUCAAGUGAUAAAUCUGUAGCAUCCUAUGGUUACAUAUCACCAGAAGAUCUCAAGUCCAACGUUCUUCCGACCGUGAUGGAAUCUUCCAACUUUGGCGGAGUGAUGCUCUGGGAUAGGUACUAUGAUAAGCAAACAGGCUAUAGUGGUAAGAUUAAGGAUGCUUUAGGCUCAAAAGUUUGUGAAUGUGAAUGCCAUUAUGCUGCCUCGAAGAGAUUCCAUAGUGUCUUGGCCGAAUCUAUGUAAGAUGGGAUGUACUAUAGCUAUGCCCAGGCUUGCAUGCGAGUAUGUGUGCGAGACUGCGAUCUAUAUGCAUGUUUGACUACAACCAUGCAUGUAAUGGAUAUCUCUUUAAAUAAAGAUCUACUUUUAUAAA